AAGGUACGAGGAGCGUAGGUUUUUAGGGGAAUUGGAAAUAAUACGGAAAUAAUGUGAGAUGUGGGGCGUUGGUGGAUCAAGCGACCUGUGAUUGCCACUGUUUGAAAUUGAGACUUUUUCGGAUAUAUAUUUGGAUCUUACACGACGAUGAGGAAUCCAUUUACAUGACAUCGUUGGCAGAGUUUAGGGCAGCCCCCAUGGAGGCGGAUAGCGUCUAGGGAGUUUCACCGAGCUAUGGAUCAUUUGAGAUACAAAUUACACAAGUGUCUGAAACCUCACAGAAUACUUGGCUUUGCCCUUUGCUACACCCUGACGUGCUUCAUAUUUCUCAGCCUGUACUACGAUGGCACCUCCAGGGUAGCCACGUCAAACCAAGUCAAAGCACUCCUAACCAACAACAUAACCGUUCACUCGCCCCCCGGGCCACCCAAAGAAGCCCAUCGAAAUGUCUCCCGAGAGAUCCUCCAGCUGCAGGACACGGCGGAGCAGCUGCAGCGGCAGAUCGAGCGUCAGACCGCAGAGCGCCCUCGCCCCAAGAAGUUCGACUGGCGAGAGUUGGUCAAGAGGGAUAUCUUCAAGGAGAAGAAGAAGCUGUUGUCUUCAAAUGACUACAGGCAUUUUGCGAACAAUAAGAGUCUCUCAUACCACUGUAAACGAUGUGCAAUAGUUUCCAGCUCCGGGCAGCUCCUUGGGAGAGGGGCGGGCCCCGAAAUUGAUAGCAACGAGUGCGUGAUACGCAUGAACGAUGCGCCCACCAAGGGCUUUGAACAGGACGUAGGAACAAAGACUUCAGUCCGUGUUAUAGGACACAGGAACCUGGGGCGCAUGUUUGCCAACCAGGAUGAACUCCAAGAUAAGAUGUUUUCCAAUCAUUCGACGGAGAAGGUCUUCGUCCACUGGUCUUACUUGACGGACAUUGAUGCCGACAAAGUGGAGGAGUACGCACUCGUUUUGAAACUCAUGGAGAAAUACCCCAAAGUGGACUUUGUGAUGUUUACGCCGCAAAAAAUGAAAUUUGCCGAAAAGCUCUUCCAUCAUGAAACAGAAUUAACAAGGAGACAAGCACGAACGUGGUUGUCGACAGGGUGGUAUACAAUGUUGCUUGCCAUGGAUGUCUGUGAUGAAAUCAAUGUCUAUGGUAUGGUCAGUGAGGAUUAUUGCAAGGAGCAUCCGAAUGAAAAGGUGCCUUAUCACUACUACGAUCCUUCCUCAAAGGCUGAGUGUGCAUACUACCAUACAAGCGAGGUCAGGCUAUCCAGCGGCCAUCUAUUCAUCACGGAGAAAGCGGUCUUUGCCCGCUGGUCAAGCAUCUACAACAUCCGCUUCCAUUACCCCUAUUGGACUCCAAGACCGUACAGCGUCAGCGACGCGCUUAGAACUCCUUUCCUCUUGCGCUACCAUAUAGCAAACAAUCGACUCUUUGCGAAGUUUCCAUACUGGAAGCUGUAUUUUCAUUUUGCAGGAAUAUUCUACCCCCUGGUACAUUGAUGUCGGGGGCCAUUGUAGAUAGCGUAUGUUUGGUCGUUGUCGUCUUCUUGUCAUUGACAUUGUGCGUCAUUUUCGUGCCAUAUGGAAUGUUAUAGUCGCUUGGAAUGUGAAGUCGCUUGUGAUGUGA